GCGCAGGCAAGGUGCCGCUGCGGGCGACGUCCCCGUUCUUCGGAGAACCCUCGCCAAGCUCUUUCGAAUACGGAUGCUGGCGGCCGGGCAAGCAGCGGCUGCCUGAGCGCGUGCGCCAGGAGGUCUCGCUGCAGCGAGACAUGGCCCGGAUGCUGGAUCACAUCAUUGAUAAGGCCCACUUUCAAGAUGCAGACCAGCCACAGCCAGAACCGGAGCGGCUGGUGCCGUACACGGAGGAGUG